UUUUUUGUAGUUUGCUUUUAUUGGAGGGGUGAAGCCAAAUAAAUAGCCACGCGACUGAUGAGGGAGCAGAUCGGCCUGUACUCUACAAUGAACUGCAUGCUGUGGGAGCUCUCCUUUAUGGAAUCGAACAGAAAAAGUUUUCAGCCUUGGAAAGACUACAUGGGUCUGUCUGAUCUAAUCCGAGGAACCCUGGGUCGGAAUGCCACCACCCAGAAUCGCCCUGUGGCCCCUGAAGAUCUGCAUUCAGAAUAUGACGUUGAAGCGGCUUUGGCUUCUCUGCGCUGUAACGCAGUCGCAAAAAGAAUCGACCCUGGGGCCAAUAAUGUUCCAGCUUUUCGUGUUGGAUCUAUAAACCGAGGAUUCUCCGCGCGACAGCGAUCUGGCGGCCCGUGGGACCUGUUGACAGUUUCUGCUUCUGCUCAUCCGCCAAUCCAAGAUGCUUUGGGAGGAAGGACAAGCGGCCCGGAGCAUCGCAGCAAGACUGCCCGUCAGCAGACAUCCGAGCCUCAAUCUCCGAACGUAAUCAGCAAGAGGUGCAGUUUUUGUAAACGCAACGGCGAGACUGAAUUUGUCUAUAAUUCUCACUGGCUAAGGAAUCUCGCCGGAGAGGUAGUGUGCCCGUAUCUUCGCCAGUACGUGUGCCCUCUGUGCGGUGCCACGGGCGCCCAGGCCCACACCAAACGAUAUUGCCCAAAGGUUGACAGCGUCUACACUUCUGUUUACACCCGCUCGGGCGCUGAAGCUCCAAGACGAGACUUUCACCCGGCUGCACCGCGGAAAGCUGACUUUUAAUUGUCAUUGACUGUGAACUGGUUCAACACGCGUCUGCGUGUUUUUGUUUGUGCUCAUGGUGAACAUGCAUGCUCGUGUGUCUAAGGUGUUUUACUGCUUAAAUGUUGUUUUACUAUCAGACAAUGACUGCCAGGGACUCCUUGGGAAACGUUUAAAAUAUAUUAUGACGCAGUCGACUCGCUCCUGUCUAACGAAGUUAACGACA